AUGGCGAUGAUGAUGACUGGCCGUGUGCUGCUGGUGUGUGCCCUCUGCGUGCUGUGGUGCGGUGCCGACGGAGGUUGUGAAGAGGCAUCCGCAGGUUUUCAGUCUGAUGCGUCCGGUGAUCUUGUGGGGGAAGGUGUAGAUUCACAGGAUUCACCGCGCCCUGAAACGCCAGGAUCACACACAGCAGGCCCAGAAACACCACUACCAAAUGUUCAAGGACAAGCUCUCUCACCACCUCCUGAAGUAACUGUGUCAGGAACCGAAGGUGCUGCCGAGGAAGAAAAAGCAAGAAGAAACGAAGAUGUAAAAUUGGUUGAAAAGGAAAAGGAAGGUGAUGGAACAAGUCAAGAGGUGAAAGAGCCUGAAAACAAGCUGAUAUCAGUGAAGGACCGGCAGUCGCAUGACAACGAAGGCUUACAGCCACCAUCAUUGAAUGGCACUCAUGAAGAUGAAACGAUAACACCAUCAGAAGACAGUUUGCAAGUAAAUAAAGAUAAACAAGAGUUGCCGAGUCCCUUGCAGCUUCCAUUACCCAACAGCGCAGCGGAUGGAAACCCAUCAUCCACAUCUGCAGCUGGCCGUGGUGACGAGAAAAGUCGCGAAAACGGCAAUGGCACGAGGAAUUCUCAGCAGUCUGUCGCAGAAGACAUUGAACAGAACAAAGACGCCGGCGAAAAAGUUGUCGCACCAACGGGUGGAGAGGAAGAUUCACGAUUGCCGGUUAUGACGGUUGAAGAAAUGCGUGGUGCAACAACGAAGGGCAACAGCGGCAGCAGCACCACGGCAGCUACGGCCAUGCAGUCCGGCACCGGCACAGAAGGCACUCCAACCAACAAUCAUCCGAACCGACCCUCCAUUGACAGCGACACACCACUCGGAAGUAUUUCCGAUGGUGAAGCUGCAUCAGCCAACAAAUACGAUACGGUCUCUCAGAGUGCGGGAUCCACAACAGCGCCCACCACAAACGCUAAAACAGGUGAAACGGCUAUGCCUGGCGACAGUGACGGCAGCACCGCGGUCUCCCACACCACCUCCCCUCUUUUGCUUCUUCUUGUUGUUGCGUGUGCGGCUGCUGCUGCGGUGGUGGUGGCUGCGUGA